AUGGCGUUCACCAUAACAAAUAAAAAAGGUAAUAACUGUUUUAGUUUAUUAGAUCGAAUCGAUGGUGAAAAAAUAUGUAAUGAUAGUUUACCGUAUGAAAAAUGUUCAUUAAAUACUGGAUGUGGUUGUUUUCCUCUCAGUUAUAAUAAUAAAAGUUCUAUUUGUGCAUAUUUAUAUGUUACUUGUUCUGAGUUAUUAUCAUAUGCUCAAGAUAACAAAACAUGUUAUCAACCAGGAUAUACUUGUGUAAAACAUUCUCGAUGUCAAAACAGUCCAUUAUGUUAUCCAAUGAAAAUGGCAACUCGUUUAAUGUGUCCAUUAAUACUUUCAACAAGUAUAUCUCCAAUACCUGACGAUGGAAUUUGUGAAAAUGCUAAAUGGAACACUACUGGCAUAGCAGUGGCAGGAGGAAAUAACCCUGGAUGGGUGUGGGGUGUUGAUGUGGAUGAUUGAAUUUUUAUUCAAACAAUUUUAAUAAUUUUUCCAUCUUGGUUUCGUUUUAGUCAAUGUCUUCGACGAUAUUAUGAUCCAAAAGAUAAAUUUGCUCAUCUUGGAAAUGUUGAUAAAUAUGCAAUUGGUGUUUUUGUUUCAAUAACAAAUUGA